AUGAAACCUCUUUGUAUUCACUUGCAAACUCAAAGUGUUCCCUCACGACAUUUACCAAAGAGGACAUUCUGGAUAAUUACAGUUCCAAUUACACAAGUAUACAUUGCAACAACGCCAAUCGAUGAUAAUUCACCAGGUAUUAUAGUGAACAGGAGUAAAACCUUCACUUGUACAACAAAUGCCGGUAGACCGUCAUCAAAGAUACAAUGGUAUAAAUCUAUAGACAACAUUACUAGUUUAGCUACUCCUCAGCCCGAUACUAAUUGUAAUAAUGGUAAAUGUAGAUCCUCUAGUGAACUGACGUACACUGUAACCAAAUCAGACGACGGGAAAGUGAUAUACUGUACAGCUGUGAAUGGUAAAGAUCCAAUGGUUAGAUCCGAAAACAAAACCAUUGUCAUCUGGUAUGGACCUAGCAAUGUUACCAUCUCCCCACAAACACCAACUUACACAGUUAAUGAGUCAACUGGUAGUGUUGGAGCAGUAACUUGUCAAGCCCAUGACUGCAAACCUGAAUGCGUAGUGAGAUGGAUUGGACCAACAUUUACUGGUGAUACCUCCCUGACCUACUCUGUAUUAAACCUGCGAAACAUUUUAAGGAACCAAACAGGAAACUAUUUUUGCAGGGCAGCACAUCAGGCCUGGAAUAAGACAUCUGUUUACAUUAGUGUUAUUGUCAAUUAUCGUCCAACCAAGGUCACCAUAACCCCACCAAAUCAGGUUUACACUGUUCGUGAGACUUCCGAUAGCGUUGGGCCAAUUAAUUGUACAGCCGAUUGUAAGCCUGAAUGUACAAUGGCAUGGAAUGGACCUAAUAUUCCUGAUGGUACCACAUCUGUAUUGAAUUUACAGAACAUCGAGAGAAACCAGGCUGGAGACUACCAGUGUAUGGCUACAAACAUUAUUGGCAGUGAGAUGUCUAUUAUAGUGAAUAUAACGGUUAUGUACGGACCAAAACAGGUUAUCAUAGAGCCAAACACACUUAUAUACACGAUAACAGAGACAACAGGAAAAAUUGGUCCUAUCACUUGCACAGCUGGAUGCAAUCCUAACUGUUCAAUGUCAUGGACAGGACCAACUAUUCGUAGUGGAGCUUUAUCAGUACUUCAUCUACAGAACAUUGAUCGUAAUCAAGCAGGGAGUUAUAUGUGUACGGCGACAAAUAAUUACGGGAGUAAGGCAUCUUCAAGUGUCAGUGUUAUUGUUGAGUGUGAGUAUCAGAUGUAUUAUUGUUUGAUUCAAUGA